GGCAGCGGCUGGGGCCGCGAGCGGGGAUCGCGGCGUGGAGGUGCUAGCAGACGCGGGCGGCGGCGAGUCCGGAGUCCCCGGGCCGGAGCUGAGCUAACCGCAGUGGGGACCGGGGCCCAGAGCCGCGGCGGCUGCGGCCGGAGGACGAUGGCAGCGCCCGCCGGGGCCGGGGCACUGAUUGCAUUCCCAGACCGCAGGCGCUGGCUGUGGUCGGUGCUUGCGGUGGCGCUCGGGCUCUUGACUGCUGGUGUAUCGGCCCUGGAGGUGUAUACACCAAAAGAAAUCUUCGUGGCAAAUGGGACACAAGGGAAGCUGACGUGCAAGUUCAAGUCUACUAACACGACCGGCACGUUGACCUCAGUCUCCUGGAGCUUCCAGCCAGAGGGGACUGACACCACUGUGUCGUUUUUCCACUACUCCCAAGGGCAAGUGUAUGCCGGGAAUUAUCCACCAUUUAAGGACAGAAUCAGCUGGGCUGGAGACCUCGACAAGAAAGAUGCAUCAAUCAACAUAGAAAAUAUGCAGUUUAUACACAAUGGCACCUACAUCUGUGAUGUCAAAAAUCCACCUGACAUUGUUGUCCAGCCAGGACACAUUAGGCUUUAUGUUGUAGAGAAAGAGAUUUUGCCCACGUUUCCAGUUUGGGUGGUGGUGGGUAUAGUUACUGCUGUGGUCCUAGGUCUCACUCUGCUCAUCACCAUGAUUCUGGCUGUCCUCUAUAGAAGGAAAAACUCUAAACGGGAUUACACCGGCUGCAAUACAUCAGAGAAUGUGUCACCGGUUAAGCAGGCUCCACGGAAGUCCCCCUCCGACACAGAGGGUCUAGUAAAGAGCCUACCUUCUGGAUCUCACCAGGGCCCAGUCAUAUAUGCGCAGCUAGACCACUCUGGCGGACAUCACAGCGACAAGAUUAACAAGUCAGAGUCUGUGGUGUACGCGGACAUCCGGAAAAAUUGAGAAGACCCCAGUCACAUCCUAAGCAAGAAACAAAUCCAAACUGGACUCUUGUGCAGAAAAUGUAGCUCAUAACCAUGUGUGGCCUUGGAAACCUGGACACGGACAAGCACAUGUUUAUUCAUAGAGGGAGAAAAAGAAGUGUAUAAAGAAUAUGUAUAAAUAUUCUAUUUAAUCUUCCU